GAGGAACGUUGAAAUUUUUACGGCAUCCAGCUGAAGAUCGAGUCUUCCUCUGUCCGGUUUGUUUGCGAUCCCGAUCCCGCGUCCACCGUAGCCUCAGGUCACUGCUCAGACCGACAGGAGCGGAACCCGAUGUGGUCUUCCGCUGUCGUAGCUCGUCCACAUCGGGGUUCGAGGCGUUCUGAGAUGCUUUCCGGCACAGCACGUUUGUAAAGAGCGGUCGGACAUGUCCUUCGAGUGGUCUCGUCACAGAACCGGACGUUUUUUUUUGUUUUUCGCAGCAUUCUGGGUGAAAGAAAGUUGUGCGGGAACACCAGAGGAGAAGUUUGAUGAACUUUAACUGAAAGUCUUGACCUGGAUCGGCGUGAUUUCGUGCUGCUACGUGAUUGGCUGAUUGCACGGACGAUCAAGCGUACAGGUGUUCCUAUUGACACCCUCAACCCACAAGAGCGAACAUGCCGAGGUCAUUUUUAGUGAAGAGCAAACGUGCUCACAGCUACCACCAACCUCGCAGCCUGGAGGACGACUACAUCCGACUUGACGCUCUACUGACACACACUUACUCGGAGAUCCAGGCCGAGUCCGACUGCUGUGAGGACGUGGAUAAAAGUGCAGGUCGAUGCUCGCCCGAAGGCAGCGCGGUGUGUACGGCCGAACAUAAAGCUCAACACUCUCCGCUCAGCUGUGAGGGAAGCGUGUGUGAUCCGCCGGCGGAGUACGAGGACUCCGUGUGGAGACCCAGAUCGCCGUCUUCUUCUCCAGGUUCACAAAGUCGAGUCCUACACGAGGAGAUCCACUCUAAACCGGCUGAGUAUGUGAAUGAAUAUCCCGUAUCGUCACCGGAUGAUAUCCAACCUUUCGACUUGACCUUCCGGCCCUGCGCCUGGACUCACGCCCGCUCGGAGCUCAGACGCCUCGUUAGGCCAUUUCAGCUGAGUCACGUGGCACGCGAGACGCCAUCCGUCGGCGUUUACGGCUCCACGGACAGGCUCGCCAAGGCCUUUUUCUCCAACCAGUCCCCGUUCAGAGGGUUCUCUCAGGAAGCGUACAGCUCGCUGGCUACAGAUCUGCUGAAGAGCCGCACACGAGGAUACUACGCCGAUUUCAAGGCCGUCCCCGAGAACGCCGAGAUCAAAUCGCAUCCUGAUGUCUUGUGCACGCGACUGCAGAUUAACGGCUCUUACAAGUGCGUCAAGUGCACCAAGGUGUUUUCUACGCCUCACGGCUUAGAGGUCCACGCCCGACGCUCGCACAGCGGCACGAGGCCUUUCGCAUGCGAGCUGUGCGGGAAAACGUUCGGUCACGCCGUCAGUCUGGAACAGCACAAAGUCGUCCACUCGCAAGAGAGGAUUUUCAGCUGCAAAAUCUGCGGGAAAAGCUUCAAGAGGUCGUCCACUCUGUCCACUCACCUGCUGAUCCACUCGGACACGCGGCCGUACCCCUGCCAAUACUGCGGCAAGAGAUUCCACCAGAAAUCCGACAUGAAGAAACACACGUUCAUCCACACGGGAGAAAAGCCGCACAAAUGCCAAGUGUGUGGGAAAGCGUUCAGUCAGAGCUCCAACCUCAUCACACACAGCCGGAAACACACCGGCUUCAAACCGUUCGGCUGCGACUCGUGCGGCAAAGGCUUCCAGCGCAAAGUGGACUUGAGGAGACACCGAGAAACGCAGCACGGCCUGAAAUAAGAGACGCUUCCAUUUCGAAACUCGGAUAUAAUUUAUAUUCUUUACAUAAAAAAAAAAAACACUACGAAGAGCAUUAGUUAAGCUAUUGAUACUAAACAUGUUUAUCGACUUUUAUUAUUAUUAUUAUUAUUAUUAUUAUUAUUAUUAACGGAACUUUAUGCGACUUUAAAGUUAUUUAUAAGAUCUUGUGUUUGAAUGUUUACUUUUAGGUCCUUGUGGACAUUUUUUAAGUUUGUGGAUAAAUAAAAGUUCUUCCUGAAAUCCCGCGCCUUUAUUUU